UGCUCACCCUCGCCGCCCGCCCGUUUCUGCGUUCGGGCUCGAGCGUCCCCCCACACCCUCUGCAGGCUCGCCCUCUGGACUCUUCGUCAUGCUCUCCUGGGCGACCGCGCUGACGGUGCCUGCGUGCAACCUCAUCUUCCCCAGCAUCUUCACCCUCUGCGCGUUGGGCCCGCCGCCUCCAGCUGCGCGCUCCCAGGCGGCGCUGACGCGCUCCCUCUUGAGCGAUGUCGAGGCGCCCACGCCUGGGCGGUGCAUACGCCAGUCCCUCACGCGCACUGAGGGGGCCAUCGCCGCCUGCGUGCUGCUGUGGGGGCUCUUUGCGUUGGUCAUCUGCACCUACGCCGCCAUCGGGAAGACUUUCGACCCCAUCGUGCGGGGGCCGCAGGUCCGCCGUUUUAUGGGGGCCCUAUCUCUGACCACAUCGAGAUGCGUGCGGGGGAGAUGCCCACCCCACGCUGUAUCGACACGUUCACCUCGCGUUACUAGGUAAUCGGCUGCGAGGGCUGGGGCAUCUACAAGUCCGAAGGCACCGAGUUCCGUGGCUUUGGCUGGUGAAGACCUAGUUUGUGCGAUUUCGGGCUCGGGGCUGUGCGUAAAGAAAGAAAGAAAACAGACAACCCAAGGGAGGGAUGUGCGUU